CACGCCUAGAGUCGAAAUAGAAACACGGUUUGCCAUCAAGGGACUCCUUUUAUCCCUAAGCGGACAAAACGGACGAGAUUAACAUUACACAGUCUUUGGAGAUCAUGCGUCCAACAUUACCGCUGACGUUUCCAUUGGUGCUAAUAAUACCUUACGCAGCUUCCCUUGCAUUUCGACCAAUUGUUGGACGUUGUGGGCGCGACUCAAUCACCACACACUUCCCAGGUAGCAUGACUCAGCUGAAACCAGAUUCACGACGAAUUUCGGCACUUCAAUCGAAUUGUUCUGUUGUGCAUGCAUGCAUUCCAUGUCGCAUCCAUGAGGGAGUUAUCGAGAUGCUGUGCAUCCCACCGAACGAUUGAAAGGCGUUCAGCAUUUCGGUAUCGCAGUGUCUGGUACACUUGUCGCUUUCCCUCUCCCCCUGAUCGUCAUAAAAUCAAUAUCUUCCUGCAACUUAUCCGCUC